AUGGCCAUGCUAAACCAGGAGAGAAAUUGUGGUGGCAGGAGUAUUGGCAACCAGCAGCCAAACAUUUCAGGUUUUCGAAGGGCUCAAGAGAGUGUGCAUCUAGACAGAACCUUUGCAGCCAGGAUGUUGUUGGUGCUGCUGGCACUGCAGCUUCUCUUCACUCCACUAGUGUGCAAGGAUUUCAUGCACUGCUCUGAGAGUGAUGCUCUCCUUGUCCUACACGAGUGGUAUCAGUCAGGAGAUCUCCUGAUUGGUGGGAUUAUGUCUCAACUGUUUUAUAUUCCUUCCAAGUCUUCUUUCAAGAUAAAUCCAUCCAAUGAGUUCUCCACAACUAUCACACGUAUGGUGACAAAGUUCUACCAGCAUGUUCUGGCCAUGGUGUUUGCCAUAGAAGAGAUUAAUGACAAUCCAGAGAUCUUGCCUAAUAUCACCCUUGGAUUCCACAUCUAUGACAGCUACUAUUAUGAGAAGAUGGUCUAUCGCAGUACACUGGACUUGCUCUUCAAAUCUCACAGAUCUGUUCCUAACUACAAGUGUUCAGCCUCAAGAAACCUAAUGGAUGUGAUUGGAGGACUUGGCUCUGAUGUCUCCAUCUGUAUUUCAGACAUCUUAAGUCUCUACAAGAUCCCACAGCUCCACCAGUAUCUUCAAGGAAUGUCAUUUAACAACUCCGCUGGAGAAACAGUGUCCUUUGACGAGAACAGGGAAAUGGGAGCAGGCUUCGACAUCCUGAACAUGGUCACCUUUCCAAACGACUCCAUCAUUAGACUGAAAGUUGGAAGGGUGGAUCCCAAAUCUCCUGAGGGGAAGAAAGUCACCCUUCAUGAGGAUUUACUUGUGUGGCACCAGGGGUUCAACCAGACCCAGCCUCUUUCGAGAUGUAGUGAAGCCUGUCAGCCCGGUUUUCAGAAAAGAAAGAAAGAAGGGGAGCAGUUUUGCUGCUAUGAAUGUGUUCCUUGCCCAGAAGGGAAGGUUUCUAUCCAGCAGGAUAUGAAUGACUGCUAUAGUUGUCCAGAAGAUCAAUAUACAAGCAAAGGAAAAAAUCAGUGUAUUCCCAAGAUGAUAAACUUUCUCUCCUAUGAAGAACCAGUGGGGAUUUCUCUGGCUUCAGGUGCUGUAACCCUGUCCCUAAUCACAGUUUUGAUAUUAAGAACUUUUAUUAAGCACAAAGACACCCCCAUUGUCAAAGCCAACAACCAGAAUCUCACCUAUGCUCUCCUCAUCUCUCUCCUGCUUUGCUUCCUGUGUUCUUUCCUCUUCCUUGGACGACCAAGCAAGUUGACCUGCUUUCUCAGACAGUCUGCUUUUGGCAUCAUCUUCACCAUGGCACUUUCUUGUAUCUUGGCCAAAACCAUCAAUGUGGUUGUAGCUUUCAUGGCCAUCAAACCAGGGUCCAGCAUGAGGAAGUGGAUGGGGAAAAGACUGACCAUCUCCAUUAUCCUUUCCUGCUCCAUUAUCCAAAUGUGUAUCUGUACCAUGUGGCUAGGAACCACUCCCCCAUUCCCAGAUAUGGACACAAAGUCCAUGACCACAGAAAUCAUAGCAGAAUGCAAUGAAGGGUCUGUGGCCAUGUUUUAUAUUGUUCUGGGCUUCAUGGGAUUUCUAUCCUUCAUAUGCUUUACUGUGGCUUUCCUUGCCCGGAAAUUGCCAGACAGUUUUAAUGAAGCCAAGUUCAUCACCUUCACCAUGAUGAUAUUUUGCAGCGUUUGGCUGUGUUUUGUUCCAACCUACCUGAGCACCAAAGGGAAAUACAUGGUAGCCGUGGAGAUUUUCUCUAUCUUAGUCUCUGGUGCUGGGUUGCUGUGCUGUAUAUUUUCCCCAAAAUGCUAUAUUAUUGUUCUGAGGCCUGAUUUGAACAGAAGAGAACAAGUAAUAACAAGAAAGCAUUAA